GAGUUUGUCAAAAAUUUGAAAUAUAAAUAUUUGAAUUUUUUAAGACAACAUUGAAUUGUAAGUACAAUACAUUGUUUAUGUAUUAAAAAAAAAAAUUAGGCCCAAAAUGGAAUUAGAAGACGGGUUCGAUGACAUUUUAGCAGAAAUAAGUGAACCGUCAUCACCAAAGAAAUUGAAAACUGAGCCAGAUUUAGAACAGCCAGGCACUUCCAAGUCUUCUGUAUCAAGAACACACUGUGUUAUAGUUAAUCAAAAACAGCGCGGAAACCCACUAUUAAAAUAUGUUACUAGUGUACCUUGGGAGUAUGAUGAUAUUAUUCCAGAUUAUGAAAUAGGCAAAACCAUAUGUAUUCUUUUCUUAUCUGUAAAGUAUCACAACCUUAAUCCAGAUUAUAUAAAUAACAGAUUAAAAGAAUUGGGAAAGAAAUAUGACCUCCGGGUACUGUUAGUACAGGUUGAUUUAAAAGAGCCACACUCAAUUUUAAAAAAUCUUACCCGAAUAUGUCUCCUGACUGACAUGACUCUCAUGUUAGCAUGGAGUCCAGAAGAGGCGGCAAAGAUAAUUGAAAACUAUAAAAUAUUUGAAAAUAAACCGCCUGAUAAAAUUAUGGAGAAAAUUGAAAAUGAUCCACAUCAGAAAAUAGUGAAUGCCUUGUCAUCAAUAAAGCCAGUUAAUAAAACGGAUGCGAUGACACUAAUUACUAAAUUUGGUACCCUGGAGAAUAUUAUUAAAGCUUCUGAAAACCAACUCGCUGAAUGUCCGGGUUUUGCGGCAACUAAGGCUAAGAAGCUAUACAGUGCCCUUCACGAACCUUUCUUAAAAAGAAAUGAAAAAAUUGAGGCUCAAAACAAGCCAGAUGAAUUUUCAGAUAAUCUUUGCUUAGAAGAUAUAGAAAAAAUCGAAAAUGAUAUAAAAAACCAUUAAUAUGAUUUGAUUGAUACGUGUUAAUAAAAACUUUAUAGAUUUUGUU